AUGAAAGUCCAUGAAAUUAUUAAACCUGAACCUCGACGAACUUUUUCAUCUCAUUCCCCAUGGUUGAAUGGGAAACAUAGUAUUGUAAAACCAAUAGUUACAUUUUCAAGUAAAGAUAGUAUUGUUGCUAAAGAUGAAAGUAGUGUCCUACCAGUUAAUGGUGAUGGAGACUAUGAUGUACCCCCAUCCCCAUCUCUUGAAAACUCUAGAGCCAUGUGGUGGGAAAGUUUGUUGAACGAGUGCAAUGACAAAAUUGGCCCAUGCUGUUUAUUACAAGAGGAGAGAGAUUCCAUUUUAGAGUUAUCAAAUGUUGACAACUUUUUUAUUGGAGGUCCAGAUAAUGUAGCUGAUUGUUAUUAG